AUGUCUACAAUUAAAUGCACAAGUUGCAAACGGGAAAAACCGAGGGCUGAAUAUGAUCUUGAUAGACAUGGCCGGCCCCGUAAAUCUUGCCAAGCAUGCUUGUUACAAUCACGGGCACGAGAACGACGGAGAGCAGAAGUCAGACGAAUUCAAAAUGCAGAUAAUGAAGAGCCGAUGAAUCGUCCGGAGCGUAUCGUAAAGCUUUUAGCAUUUCAAUCUUCGCGUUCCCGUUGGAGGGAGUUAGAGGUCGGAAGAAUGACAGUGGUUUGUCCUUCAUGCGAUGCUUUGCAUUGGAUCAAUGAGCGUGUAAAUGGCAGUUCAAUUAGGUCACCACGAUUCGAAAACUGUUGUAAGAAAGGUGACGUUGAGUUGCCGGCCUUAGAACAAGUCCCCGACUAUCUCAAAUAUUUACUUGAAUCAACCGAUACUGUAGGCAAGCAGUUCCGCACUCGGAUAAGGGAGUACAAUUCGGCGUUAACCUUCACUUCUGUUAAAUACAACUCUGAUGAACGCAUUUCUGCACAAGCUAGGGGUGUUACAUGCUUUCAAAUCCAUGGCGAGCUGUAUCAUCUUCAAGGGCCGUUGACUGCGGCAGCAAACGAUGCUCCCACUUUUGCUCAAUUGUAUUUCUAUGACCCACUCUACGCAGCCCAGCUGAGACAACAAAGGCAUCCCAACCUAGAUCUUACUGUCUUACAACGGUUGACAAAUGAACUAAAUACUGUCAAUCCUUUCAUUCCUUUAUACAAGACUGCAAAGGAACGGUUGGACGAUGCGUCUCCGGAAAAUGGUGAUGUACGCGUACUACUCAACCCUCAGCUACGGUUGGUAAUGGAGAGUGGAGCAGAUAAACGUCGACACAAUUUGCCUACCAGCAAUGAAGUUGCUGCGAUUAUCCCAGACGAAUACGGUGAAGCAGGAUUCAGGGAUAUUGUUCUGGCUCACAGGAAUCCAGAUGCCAACAGGCUGUUUAGUGUCAUUGAUCCUAACCAUGCCGCGUAUAUGCCAUUGCAUUAUGUUCUACUAUUCCCUAGCGGAGAACGUGGUUGGCACUGGGGGUUGCGAUUGCGAGAUGAGCUGAACAGAAGAAAGAAUUUGAGGUUGCAACAGCGUGAGUUUUAUCGAUAUCGAAUACAUACAAGGACCACUGAACCCAUGACUUUGUUCCUAUCGCAACGCCUAUUUCAGCAGUAUUUGGUUGAUGCUUGGGCUGUAUGUGAUCAGAAUAAAUUGAAUUGGCUUCGAUUGAAUCAGGCAAAUAUUCGGGCUGAUCUGUAUAAUGGACUGGCGGAUAAUAUACGGCAAGAGGACUUCAACCCGGAGCAAACUGGGAAACGUAUCAUCCUACCACGAAGCUAUACAGGUGGAGACCGGUACAUGCUGCAGUUGUUCCAGGAUUCCAUGGCUAUAGUUCGUCAUUUGGGGCGUCCCUCACUAUUUGUUACUUUUACAGCGAAUCUGUAA